AUGCGAACUUUUGAUUCAUCGGGAAAUCUCGCUCUUCUCCGCCAAGAGCUGAAAGUUCGCCAGCUUGAUGCUUUUAUUCUGCCAAUGGAAGACAGUCACUUCAGUGAAUACCUUGCUGCUGCGGAUAAACGCAUAGCCUUCAUAUCCGGUUUCACAGGAUCAUCAGGUACUGCUGUUAUCACGACUGCAAACAGGGCGGCACUAUGGACUGACGCUCGCUAUCAUAACCAGGCAGGCUUCCUUCACAUUUUCUGCUGUCCGGACGUUCCAACGAUACCUGCCUGGAUAGCCCAAGUGACUGAUUCAGGCUGCCGAAUCGGCUUCGAUCCUCAACAAAUGUCCUUUAACAGUGUCGGCAUUUUGCAGCGCCAGCUGGAUUCCGCCUCCAUAGAGGUGAAAUCAAAUCGCUCUUUUGUUCCGAUCGACGGAACGAAUCUGGUAGACCUUGUGUGGAAGGAUAGGCCUUCUCUUCCUACUAAUCCCAUUCGUGCUGUCCCACUGGAAUCCUUUGCGGGACAUUCAUGGGAACAGAAGCUGGAUACUCUUCGCGACCAAAUGAAGGUGAAAGGCGUCACCGCUGCUGUCAUCGUUCAGCUGGACGAAAUUGCUUGGCUGUUCAACCUGCGUGGGUCCGACAUCAAUUACAACCCCUUCUUUUUUUCCUACGCGGUUGUGACAAUGGACGAUGUUCACCUAUUUGUUGAACAUAAGCGUGGCUCGAACUCCAUUGAUCUCAAUGAAUAUUUUAGAUCACCGUCGCACAGAAUUUCACUUCAUCCGUACGACGAAUUUCCCUCCUGGAUCACCUCAAACACUGCUUGGCGAGAUGGGCGUGUUUGGCUGCCUUCCGUUUCAAGUUAUAUGCUAGCAAGCGCGAUUCCCGAAAAUCAACGGCUCUUUGACAUUUCUCCAAUUUCUAGUCUUAAAGCUGUGAAAAAUCCUCUGGAAGUGAAGGGCAUGCGACUUUCCAAUCUCGUUGACUCAUUGGCUGUAUGUGAUUUCUUAUCCUGGCUAGAAGACGUUGCUGAAUCCGGCAAAAUGGAUCCGACGGUUGUUGCACCCUGCGAUUUACUCGGUGUGGAACCUCCAAAGAUUGCGACGGAAGCUUCUGUCGCAGCAUAUCUUAAUGCGAUUCGAAUUUCUGCGGAUGGUUGUCUUGGACUUAGCUUUCCUACGAUUCCUGGGGCAGCUAUGUUAAUUGUUCUUUUAAAAUGGUCAAGCUGCAACUAUUUCGUGAACAUUCAGUACAAUCCCAUUAAAUUACUUUUACUCACAUUUUUAGAUGCGAAUGGAGCUAUAAUUCACUACAAUGUCAGUGAAAAUGGUAGUGGUUCUCAGUUGACCGUCGAUUCUCUCUUUUUGUUGGACUCUGGUGGCCAAUACGCAACCGGCACAACUGAUGUUACGCGAACUGUUCAUUUGGGAGUCCCCACAGAGGAGCAAGUGGAGGACUAUACACAGGUCUUGAAGGCUCAUGCUUCUCUUGCUAGCUUGGUACGUGGUUAUACGACCUUCCCGGACAAUACACCGGGGACGAAGCUAGAUGCGGUAUGUCGGGCCUCGAUGUGGCGUGAUCGGCGUGACUUUCCCCAUGGCACUGGUCACGGUGUGGGUGCUAACCUCUGCGUUCAUGAGGGACCCAUUGGCAUGUCUGGACGUCGUUCGCAGACUCUCUCCGCCAUAGGCGUCACUGAGCCUGGAAUUCGCAAAAACAUGGUAUUGACAAUUGAGCCGGGAUACUAUCUUACUGGCAAGUACGGGAUCCGACUAGAAAACGUGGUUCUAGUGGUGGACAGUCCGCAGCCCUCACGGGACACCGCUACGCCCUUCCUGAGCUUUGAGGCCCUCACUCUAGUUCCCUUUCAGCGCCGCCUCAUCAACGCAGCGAUGCUGGACAAGGAAGCAAUAAAAUGGGUUGAUAGCUACCACGCCAAGGUGCGCGAACACCUCCUCACUCGGGUGGCAUUUGAGGCAGAGCACAAAGGUCUCAGCGUCGCUCGGGAACGUACUCGCAAUUGGAUCCUCCGGGAGACUGAACCUCUUUGCGUCUCGUCAACUUCAAGCUUCAACUUCCGUUUACGCUCUGAUGAGACUGGACGCAACAUCCAGGCUCUAACUAUAUGGUGA